CAGAGAGAGAGAGAGAGAGAGAAGAGGACACGCGAAUAAGAGAAGUGAGGGCGAGCUGAGGAGGAGGAAGAGGAAGAAGAGGAUGAAGGAAGAAGACAUCAGCUCCGGCGGAACCAACAACGACGCCUUCACUCUCGCCAGAUCGUCCCCUGCGGCCAGUUCUGCUGGGGCAUCAUCUCCUGCUGUUCUGGUAAAUGCUGGGAGUGUGGAAUGGCUGGGGCAUGGCCAGCCCUCAAAGGCUGGUUCUGUAUCGGGUGUUGGCCCACAUCCCCCAAGGCCAUCCACGAGCACAAAUGCUGCUAGUUCUACUGUUGGAUCUUUUCAAGCUUCAUGUAGACCCUGGGAGAGGGGAGAUUUGUUGAGACGCCUCGCCACAUUCAGUCCUUCGAAUUGGUUUGCGAAGCCGAAGAGAGCAAGUUCCUUAGCAUGCGCUCGAAGAGGUUGGAUAAAUGUUGAUUGGGAUAAGAUUGAGUGUGAAUCAUGCGGCGCAAGCCUCAGAUACAAUUCCAAGGCACCAUCUGAAGCUGAUGCUGCCGAUGAAGACUUUGCCGAGCUGCUGGAUGGAGGCCACAGAGUUGGUUGUCCUUGGAGGGAAAAUAGCUGCCCUGAAAGUUUGGUGCAGUUUCCUCCUGCUCCUCUAUCAGCGCUAAUUGGUGGUUAUAAGGACCGGUGUGAUGGCCUUUUGCAGUUUUCGGUCCUACCAGUUGUAUCUGCAGUUGUGGUUGAGCAGAUGCAAGUGUCACGAGGACCUCAAAUUGAACGUCUUUUGUCUAAUUCACAAACCUAUGUAACUGGGGAGCUGGGCUUUAAAGCUGAAUAUGUAGCUGGAGUGGAGCCUCUUUGGGAUGAAAGUCUUACCGCAUACUUUCGUGCACAAAAGCUUAUAAGUCUUUGUGGAUGGGAAUCAAGAUGGCUCCCUGAUAUUCAAGAUUGUGAAGAGCAUUCUGCUCAAUCAGCUCGCAAUGGAUACUCCUCUGGUCCUGUCAAAAAUCAAAGCCGCUUGCAGGAUCCUGGCCCAAGUCGGAAGGCAUUCUCAUCUUCAGCCAAUAAAGAUUGUGGUCAGGAUGAGGCACCAGGUUCGGAGUUCAAAUGUGAAUCCAGGUCACCUUUGCUUGAUUGUAGCUUGUGCGGUGCCACUGUCAGAAUCUGGGACUUUUCCACUGUUUCUCGUCCUGCGCGCUUUGCCCAGAAUGGGAUUGAUCUUCCUGAAACUGGCAAAAAAUUACCAUUGACGCGUGGGAUUAGUGCAGCCAGUGGAAUUAGUGGAUGGAUAGGUACUGAUGGUGUGGAUAAAGAUCGAGCUGAUGACCAUGAUGAGGCUGCUACCCCUGGCAAAAGAAGGUUUGCGGCACAUACGGGUGUGGAUUUGAAUUUGACAAUGGCUGGUGGGUUAUCCUCAACACAGUUAAAUAUGACAGCUUUAUCACAACAGCAACGAGAUGCUGAUUUGGGAAGAGAUUUAAAAGUUGGGCAGCCUUCUGGCAGUGAAGUUGGGGAUCGUGCAGCUUCCUAUGAAUCAAGAGGCCCAGGCACCCGUAAACGGAGUGCAGAUGAAGGCGGGAGCACUGUGGACAGGCCACAUCUGAGGAUGCACCAAGCUGAUAGUUUUGAGGGUACUGUUAUUGAUCGGGAUGGUGAUGAAGUGAAUGACAGUAGACAGUACUCUGCUGGCCCUUCAAAGCGUGCUCGGAGUUCUGAUGCCCUCGAAGCAUAUCAUUCCUCAUAUAGGAGGGAUUCAUCAGAUGCUGGUCCUAGCCGGCCGAUGGCUUUCGAGAUGGAAGCAGAUGUAAAUAGAGGCGAUGCUUUUGAUCAGGGAAAUGACCAACUUGUCGGUUUUCCAUAUACAAGAGAUUCAACACAUGUGUCUUCUGUCAUUGCUAUGGACACAUUUUGUCAUAGUGCAGAUGAUGAUUCACUGGAAAGUGUUGAAAAUUUUCCAGUCGACACAGAUGACGUAAAUUUUCCUUCUGCCUCAACAUAUGCAAAUCCUGACUUGAAUGAUGCAUCAGAUUUGAACUAUAGCAACCAAGCACAGCAGAGUGCUUGUUUCCAACCAGUUGCAGCAAGACUUGGAGAAGCAGGAGUUAGCAGCACAAUUGAUGGCGAGGAAGUUGUCAAUACUGAGGCUUUAACAACACAAGUAAGGGAUGGGAUUAGUUUUGGCAUUAGUGGAGGAAGUGUUGGAAUGGGUGCUAGUUAUGAAGCAGAAAUUCAUGGGACUGAUGCUUCAGUCCACAGAAGUGAUAGUGUUGUUGGGGAUGCUGAGCCCAUAGCUGAGGUUAUUGAGAAUCAGGGACAAACUGGUGAGUUUGCUCCGGAGGUUGGGAAUACGGACGAUUUUGUCCCUGAGGAAAUGGAUCGAGAGGAUCCUCAUGGUGAUAGUCAAGAUGUGGUCUCUCAGUCGAUGGGGAGGGCAGAUAGUGGGUCGAAAAUAGUUGGUUCUGCCAAGGCUGAAUCCAUUGAAAGCGGUGAAAAGACCCGCAACAUGAAUUUGUCUGUCCAAGAUACCGUAGCCCAUCCAUCUCUUUCUUGUAAUGCCAUUGUAUUUUCUGGGUACGAAGCUUCUAAAGACGAAGUUUCUCAAGCUCAAAAGGCAUCACCUACUCAUGAAGGCUGUUUCCUCGAGUCCGGUUACGACACUACUAAUGGUAUAGGGCCUCCAGUUGGUGAAAGCAACUAUGACGAAGGAGUGGAAUUUGAUCCUAUCAAGCAUCACAAUGCUUUCUGUCCUUGGGUAAAUGGAAAUGUUGCUGCUGCAGGAAGUACAAGUGAUGGUGCCAGUUCCAGUUCGGGUGCCAGUGCUGCGGCAUUUUGUGGCUGGCAACUGACUCUAGAUGCAUUGGAUGCCUUCCAAACCCUUGGAAAUGUUCCAAUCCAAACAGUAGAGUCUGAGUCAGCUGCAUCCCGACACAAGGAUGACCGCCUUCCCCCGAGCAGAAAUCUCUUGGCUUGCCAUUCCUUCAGCAGAAGCCGUGGUCAGAACUGAAGACCCCAUAAACGGGUAGCUUAUGCACAAGAAAUUGCCAAACCACAAUACAGAAAAAUUUCUAGCGUCGCUUAUGGUGUUCGGGCUGAAGAAUCCAUUCGCCUAUGAUCUGGAGUCUCGAAAUUGUAUGGUAACUGGAGUCUGGAGCUGAUAUAAUAAGUCACUUUGUCUGAGGCUGAUUUAUUUCCUUUAUCGUAAUAUUUAGCUGUUUAGUAAACCUUCAAGUUAUUCAGAGGUAGGACAAUUGUGGGGAACUUGUUUUUCAUUGAGAAGUUUCCGUUUUGAACGAUAAAUAAUGUACUUUUCUUAUGCUGCUAGUUCUCUCAUUAUGUUCGAGCUCAAGUAUGCCCAACAGCUCUAUGUGGUAGUGAACAUUUACUCUGGAAAUGUAUGAAAAGGAAGAUAUUCAUCACAACGUGCUAUUGCUGAGGUUUUUCUUUA